AUGCAAGAGAAAAAACGCUUAAGAAAAGAGACUGCAUUAGCACACAAGACACUUGCGAAGAAAAAAUCGAAAUUAGACAGGCUUAUAUACAGGGUAAGUGCAUGUAAAAUGCUUUUUUUCCCAUUCAUAUUGGGAGGUGUAUCUAGGUAAAUUUAUUAUAAACUGCUAUUCAUAGAAAGUUUUCACGUUUAUAUUAAGGGCUCAUUUGUACAAAAAUUUACAUUGUUACCAAGAUUCAAGUAGUAGGAAGUUAUGCUUUAUAUUAAGAUUGAAUAAUCCACCAGGAAUUAAGCCAUUAAGCUGCAUGACUCCCUUUGGCAUGUUGUCUUGUAUUAGACAGAGUAGAAGGGUCAUGACAGGUGCAUUUAUAGAAACCCAAUGGGUUUACAAGGAGAAAUUUACAGAUUAGUAAAUUAACCCAUUAAGUUGCAAGACUCUCCUCAUGACGAGUAAAAUCAUCCGUCACCAUUACAUCAUGUACAUCAUAUAUUACAAUAUUACUUUACAUUUCCUGCAGAUUGAGGAGGUCUCAGAAGAAACACAAAUAGUCAGCGGAGACCCCCAACCUGAACUGCUCACUCCACCUGCCAAAAAGAAGAAAACGACAUUCCUUUCUGAAAAAAAUGCAAAAGCAAGAUGUGGUAAUCCAACUGUUCUAAGUUCUAAUGAUAAACCAGGGUUAUCUGCACAGGCAAUGGCAAGACGAAGAACAGAAACAUUUGAUGCUGCUUCAGAAAUCCAUGGGGCAACCCCCGAAAAUCCCUUACCUACUUCAGUUGGUCUUUUGGAUACAGUGGAAAAGAAGUGCUCACAGGAAGUUCUUGUCAAGUUUAUGUCGACUAGUAAGAAAUUUAAAAAUGUAUUUUCUGUGAUAUUUAAGACUGCUUCAGAUAACUUUGAACAAUCAGAGGCAAAUAAACUCCGAAGUAUUGCAGUUUAUUACAGUAAAGGAGUGAUGGGCAAGAGAAAAUAUAGAUCAACCUAUAGAUGUUUGUCCAUGAUGAGAAACCCAAAUGGAAAAAGUAAAACCACUCGUAUUAAAGUUCUGUCAAACCCACUGCCUAGACUACUUCCUUACAACAAGCUUGCUUCUAUGCUCAAUGAAAUUGAAAUAGGAACGCUGUAUAGUGUUCGCGAUACUUUGUGUGAUGAUUUAGAGUGUGGAGAAAAGGUGGAUGGUUGUUAUAGGAAAUUGAUUGAGUUUCUUCCAAGGUUGGCACUAUUUUAUCUUUCUGCCUUACCUGCAUCUGAUAUAGAUUGGUUUAAUGAGCCUUAUACCUUUCAGGUUGCUAUUGGUGGGGAUGGGGCCCCAUUUGGGAAAUUUGACCAGUCUUGUGCUUGGUUAGUUAGCUUUCUCAACAUCGGUCAUAAGAUUUUAAGCAGCGAGGAAAAUUUCCUUAUUUUUGGUAGCAAUUGUAGUGAAACAAGCCCAGCAGUUGCCAAGUAUAUUUCAAUGAUAACUAAAGAGAUUGAGGAAAUUGAAAAGGCUUCAUUUAACAUUAAUAAUAUGGUGAUCAAGUUUAAAUUUGCAGAGCUUCCCAAUGACAUGAAAAUGUUGGCAUAUCUAGCAGGGGAGCUCCCAAAUAGUGCAAAGUACUUUUCAACUUUUGGCAAUGUUUGCAAUGAUGAUGUACAUGAUGUAAGUAAAACCUUUGGCCCAGCCCCCACAAAUGCAUGGAAACCGUGGGAUUAUAAGCAACGAUUAUCUAUAGCUAACAAAGUUCGCGUUUUCAAAACAAAGUUGACCAAAAAGCCAGUAACAGAGCAGACUGCGCGUAGCAAAGUCACAGCGUUUAUUGCAGGAUGUAAGAGUAGGCAAGAGUUUGACCCACCAAUUGGCAGGCUCAUUGAUAGGGCCCAUGCUGACACUUUGCAUGUAAAGAAUAAUGCCUGUCAAUUGAUUCACAAGCAGAUGCUUUGUGAAGCAAUUGGUAAAUCUGCUCUUGGUGAUAAUAUAUCCAACUUUAAAGCGGUACCAAGUAGUUCUGCAUUUUAUAAGUUUAUAUAUGUGUUGAAACAUAAGUGCCAGCUUUCUCGUUUAGCAAACAAAAUUAUUCAUUGGUUCAAUGAGACAAAGGCAAAAAGUUCAAUUAUAGGUUCACUGGGAGGGAUUCCAGGAUGUUUCUCCAUAAUUUUAUGUACCUAG